AUGGCAACCCGAAGAUCUACAACAUUCAGAAAGUUGUUGAGUCGAAAGUCAACGGUGAAUAAUGCCAAUGUCACAAAAGACUCUCAAGUUCCUCCGAAAGUUGAUAUUCCAAUAAAUCAACAUAUAACAAUUCCGGAAUAUGGAGAUGACGAUUCAGUGGUAGAAUCAAAUAUUUGGGUUAACCUAGAAGCCAUUUUUUUGGACUAUUUUCCAGACAAAACACCAAUAAAGUUUGUAAUCUUGCACACUUUUGGAUUUUUUAUAUUUUUAUCAUUCCGAUCACUCUCAUUUCCUAUUUUCAAAGAUGAUAAUGAUCCGGAAAAGAGAGCUAUAAUACAAGUAAUUGAAGAUUUGGCCUUCGUAGAUGUGAAUAAUAAUCCGGAUGAUCUGCAACUUCGUUUAACUACAAAUACAGUACUAUUCUUGUUGUCGAGUUUGUCUGUGAAUAUUUUAUCGCUAGUUGUGAUUAUGUUUUUGAGGUUUAUAUUUGUUAGAUGUAUUUUUGAACCAUUUUCUAAAAUAUCGAGAUAUGUUGUUCUAUUGGCACAUUCUAUAGAUCCAGCCAUAUUUUACUUUUUAUGGUCCAUUAUUAAUUAUACAACUUUCAAAAGGUAUACCCUUCCAGCACAAUACGGAGACUACUUUGUUGUAUACAAAUCGUUUUUGUAUGGAGAAGCUAUUUCAAACGUUGUUUGGAUUGAUGGAAAAUGCUAUUCCUGGUCCAACUUGCUCUAUCACCUUCAUAUUCUCCUCUCCAUCAGAAAGCUCAUUUUGUCUGCAAUUUUGUUUUUCUUCGAACUUCAGUUUCUAUCGAACUAUAGUUCCGAUUUGGUCACAUUUUUAAAACAACAGGCAUCUCUCAAAGCGUUUAACGUUCAGUGGUUGCAAUAUUUGGAUUCUCUUAGAAAUUCAGAGAAAAAUAGAGAGUUGACGGUGUUGAUUGACACCCAUUCAAACACGGAAAUUCCGUCAAAUAUAAGAAAAAAUUACAAUACAAUACCAACCGGUCAUACUAGAGGAGAUUUUAAAGUUUUCAAGCCAAUAAUCGCAAAAUGGAAGCAUCACAAUAUACAUAGCAAUAUUAAUGUAAAUGAUUAUAUUGGAACAUAUUUUUUGAGGGAUAAUUGGACAGAGUCAUCAAUUCACAACACUACGAUAAACUGGAUUGUCUUAAACUAUGUUAUUCAUAACCCACCAGAGAUUUUGUUGAUAAAUUACUCAAUACAGUUGAUAUGCAAAGAUACCAUAGAUUUUUGUUCAAAACUGCUAUUUGACCAGAUACAUGAUACUCUUCUUUGUGCUAGUGGUGAAAAACUAGUUUCAAGCUCUCUUGAUCGAGAGUCAGUUGAAAACACUGCAGAAUUACCAGACCACAAACCAAGAGUUAGAUUUUCUGACAGAACCACAAUUCGUAACCCAGAUGUAAACGAAAAGGAUUCUAUAGUACUUUUGAGUGGAAAUAGGAACAGUUGUAAUGAUAAUAAAGACAACGAGGACGAUCGUUCCAUUACUAAAAAGAUAUGUAGCCCUCUGGGAUCUGCCGUUACUAAUCCAUUCUUUGAACAAUUUGAUAUCGCUAAUUGUGGUUACAUAACACCACAAAAUUUUUUAACUGGAAUAAUAAAUAUGUGUGCCAUAAGAAAGAGGCUUAUUACCACUCUAAAGAAUCAACGAAGUAUAUUGGAGUUAGUUGGAAAUUUGAUAAGUAUAAUACUCUGGUUCAUGUGUUUUGUUGCGUUAUUACUGUCCUUAAAGAUAAACAAGAACAUCGUACUCCCGUCCACUAUUGGUCUGUUCUCAGCCACAAUUGUGGCUCUGAGUUAUUUAUACACCAGCUUCAUCACAGCUAUUCUCUUUGUUGUUAUUUCAAAUCCUUAUAAUGUGGGUGACAGAGUAAAGGUUGGGGAUCAAGCAAUGUAUGUCAAAAGCAUUUCCACAUACAAUACCGAAUUUACCUCUUCACACGGCAAAUGUUUCAUCUAUCAAAAUAUCUUUUUGAGUAAGAUGAUGAUUGUAAAUGAGGCUAGGGGUCCACAUGCCGUCCAUGAAAUAAACUUGAAAAUUUCGCCAUCAACGACUCCAGCAUCGCUGAAGAUUUUGAAGGAUAAUGUAAAAACCUUUGUCAAUAGCAGGCCUAGAGAUUUUGUUACCGAUGGAUGUUUAUUUUAUGGCUCCGAUCUACAAAUAAAUCACUUUUAUCAUCUUAAAAUACUGGUUACUUGUGUAGAAAGUUGGGCUCAAACACGUUUCGUCUUCAUGUUGAAGAAUGAGGUUGUAAGAUUCGUAGCUAAUCAAUGCAAACUGUUGGGAAUCACAUACAGAGAUCCGGUUCUACCGGUCUCAUUUAGAAAUCCGCUUGCAAUUUCAGGUAUGCAUUAA